UCUCUCUCUCUCUCCUUUGAACGGGGCAAUCUCACUCCAGCAUUCAUCCCGUUUCCACCAAUAAGCCCAAUGAGCUGAGUGCGCACCGCCCACCGUUGGUGUGUGUAUUUUUUUCCUUCUCCUUUCCCCUUCUCUCCCUCUCUCUUUUUUUAAAAACCAGAGCUGGAUGUGUAGAUCGUCACAUGUUUGCCCCUCUUCAGUCCGGACGCCAGCAGACAUGUGUUAUUUAUUGCUCGGCUGUGUAAGAAGACGCGUAAAACCGGCUCUGGAGACGGAGGAUUAAAAUUAAUGCGCGUCGUUUUCUUUUAAAGCAACUCGAGGAAAAAGAAGAAGCAUUGUGUCUGAUCAGCAGAGGAGAAUGGCGAGUCCGCCAAACACCGGUGAUCAGUCGUUAUUGGCCGGUAACACGAACAGCAACGUCAAGAAAUGCGGAUACCUGAAGAAGCAGAAACACGGACACAAGCGCUUUUUCGUUCUCAAAGAGCCGAGCGAAGGUUUCCCGGCUGCCCGGCUGGAGUACUACGAGAGUGAGAAGAAAUGGAAAAACAAAUCGGCCGCGAAGAGAGUUAUUCCUCUGGACUGCUGCCUCAAUAUCAACAAGAGAGCGGACGCAAAACACAAAUAUCUCAUUGCUCUCUACACCAAGGACGAGUAUUUUGCGGUGGCGGCGGAAAACGAACAGGAGCAGGAGAGCUGGUACCGGGUGCUAACGGAUUUAAUGGCAGAGGGGAAAGUGUAUGACGGCUCCGCGUCCAACUCUGCGUCCUCGCUGGUUGGCUUCGAUGAGGCGAGUUACGGUGUCAUAACGCCGGUGGCCGCCACCUACAAGGAGGUCUGGCAAGUCAUUCUGAAAUCCAAAGGCCUGGGACAGAGCAGAAAUCUGACCGGCGUCUACAGACUCUGCCUCUCCAGCCGGACUAUCAGCUUCGUCAAGCUGAACUCGGAGGUAGCCUCGGUCAUCCUGCAGCUCAUGAAUAUCCGGAGGUGCGGCCACUCUGACAGCUUUUUCUUCAUCGAGGUGGGUCGAUCUGCAGCCACGGGACCCGGGGAGCUGUGGAUGCAGGCUGACGACUCCGUGGUGGCUCAGAACAUCCACGAGACCAUCUUGGAGGCGAUGAAAGCCAUGAAGGAGCUGUCGGAGUUCCGUCCGCGCAGCAAAAGCCAGUCGUCUGGUACCAACCCCAUCUCUGUGCCCACACGGAGGCACCUGAACAACCUCCCCCCGAGCCAGACCGGGCUUCCCCGGCGGUCACGCACGGACAGCAUGGCCGCGACCUCUCCCGUGAGUAAAUGCUCGUCUUGCCGAAUACGCACGGCCAGCGAGGGCGAUGGCACCAUGACACGCCCCAUGUCAGUGACCGGGAGCCCCCUCAGUCCCGGGGUGCACAGGACCCUCCUGAGCAGAUCUCACACCAUUACUGCACGACCUUCUCUGACAUUUGAAUCUUCUACCCUCCAGCACAGCAAAUCCAUGUCUAUGCCCCUGUCUCACUCUCCGCCUGUGGCCACCACCUGCCCAGGGAAUGUGUCCUGUUGCCAAGACAGCAGCGCCCCUCGCCCCUCCAGUUGCAGCGCCUCUUUCUCAGGCUCACCCAGUGAUGCUGGUUUUAUAUCCUGUGAGGAGUACAGCUCCAGUCCUGCGGAAGGACGAGACCUCAGGUUACCUCUCACCCUCCGCAGCAAUACUCCAGAGUCCCUCAGAGCUGACACCCCCCCCUCCAGGGAUGGCAGUGAGCUUGAUGGCUACAUGGUGAUGGAGCGGCAGGGUCAGAAUGGUUACCGGCGGAUACCGGAGCUCGACAAGGUGUAUCGAAAGCGCACAUACUCUCUCACUACACCCCGGCAGCAGAGGGGCACCCCCCAAGUGUCUUCAGCCUCCCUGGAUGAGUACACUCUCAUGCGGGCCACUUAUCACAGUGGGAGUCAGUCCUCUCGGAGGUGUCACACUGCUUCACCUAAAGGAACCUGUCUUGAGGAUUACCGGGAUGUUCAGAUCAGCUCGAACAAUCUCCAGGCUGACAGUGGCUACAUGCCCAUGAUGCCCGGUGUGGCCCCUCAGACGCCAGGGUCUAAGGAUGACCCCUACAUGCCCAUGAGUCCCAUGUGUGUUUCUGCUCCAAAGCAGAUCAUCAACCCUCGUUCUCACUUCUCCUCAGUGGGGCUGGCCCCACGCACUGACUCCCCUGGGAGUGUUUCUCUGGAAGACAGUGGAUAUAUGCGCAUGUGGUGCGGAACCAAGAUGUCAGUGGAGAGCACUGAUGGAAAACCUAACAACGGAGAGUACCUGAACAUGUCUCCCAUUGACACGCUGGUGUCUGUAACGCCCCCAGACUACAUCCUCAGUCCUUCGGGAGACCACCACCACCUCCAGCAAAGUCACAGACAGCCUUAUUCUUACAGCUCUCUGCCACGAUCACUUAAAGGACAGUUGCAGCGCAGUGGGUCCACUGACACAGACCAAUAUGUGGUGAUGAGUUUACAGAGACAGCGGAUAGAUGAGGAGUCCAACUAUUGCCCCAUCUCUCCAGGAGACUCUGUGGUCAGCAGCUCUCCAGUAACACCGAGCACUCCGUCCUCUGCUCCAUCUCCCCUCAGAGUGGCUCGGACAGAUGGGGGCCUGGUACAUCGCAGUAGGGCGUGUCGGCCCACGCGCCUGGCACUGGAAUCCCUCAGAACACUACCAUGUAUGAGCGAACACCCCCUUCCCUCAGAGCCACGCAGCCCUGGAGAAUACAUUAACAUCGACUUCAGCAGUGCCACUCAUAACGCCCUGACAGCCACAGUAUCAGAGAGCUCUACAUCCUCUGUGAGUUUAACGUGUGCAGAGCGGAGCUCCCUGUCACUCUCAGACUAUGCUAAUGUUGACAUCAGCUCCCCGGUUCACCUUGUCUCAUCCCAAGCCGGGGGUUCCCCUCCAGCGGGGUGCCAAAAACACACACCUGAAGUUUUGACUUGUCCCAGUCUGGUGAAAACCCAGCAGGAUACGCAGGGAGUUGAGGGGGGAGAAGAGGAGAAAAGCACAGAGGGACAAGCAAAGGAGAGGGGGAUGGUAGAGGAAUAUCCUCUCCAGCAGCAGGGGAGCCUGGAGUGUCAGCCAGCUCCGGUCAAAGAUGACUACACCGAGAUGACCUUCAGCCCUCCUGCUGCUAUACCUGCUCUGUGCAACACUGACGCUGCCCCCCUCCCUACCAGCCCCACUGCCUGUGUCCAGAGACUCAGCCUUGAGAGCAGCAGAGUUGACGUGGUGCCCCCUGUGCCAGUGGACUCUUUCCUCCUCGGGGGUCCUUCCUUAUCUGUCACAAUCGUGGAUCCACACAGGGGGGCGAAAGUCAUCCGGGCCGACCCACAAGGGCGUCGGCGCCACAGUUCAGAGACUUUCUCCUCCACCACCACCGUCACGCCCGUGUGCCCAUCUUUUGCCCACGACACCAAACGGCACAGCUCUGCCUCUGUGGAGAACGUUUCUCGCCCUGUUCGCAGCUCCGAGGGACCCGGCGAGGACUACGGCAGCUCCAUGUGCAGGGAAACGUCAGCCGGUUAUCAAAACGGACUUAACUACAUUGCCUUAAACUUGAUGGAGGGAAACCUUGGGGGAUGCCGGUUAGGGGGCUGUGACGGCCUCCUGAGGUUCAAGGCGGCCUGCGGCUGCAAGGGCGGGCUGAAUGGGUUCAACACCAGCCCCUAUGCCAGCCUUGGAUUCAAGGAGACAACUGCUGCUGCUGUGAAAGAAUGAAGGCUGUUGGGUCUUCCCAUCCCUCCUCCCUUCAUCCUCCUCUUCCUCGCCCCCUCCUCUUCCUGUGAAAGUUGGAUUUCACUGCAGCCAGAUGACGGGGUCACCACGGCGACAGCUGGGCUUUGGGCUGCAGUCGAUGUCCUUUCACCUCUUCGCCGCAUCUGGGGGUCACGGGGACGGCCAUCGCUAUGGAAACAAGGACACUUGACCCCUUCCCCAAAUCUUCCCUCCUUUUCUCUUGGCACCUAAAACAUUCAGGCGCCAUUGCUGCUGUAGUGCUAGUUAAAAAAAUAACAAGAACUUAAACAGACUAUUAACUCUAACAAGAGAUAGAUAACCAUGGAUCUCUGUACGUAGGUCUGCAAUUCCUUCUGCAGUAUAUUAUAAUGUUAUUAUUACUAAUUAUACACUUUCAGCUGGCUUCCUUAUGGCUUCAGCCGACAGUAGCCAGAUAUUCUCAACCUGAAAACCUGUGAACCAAACCUGGAGAGCAUGCGUGCACACACACAUACGCGCAAAAAAAACCCUUUCAUGCAUACAGAUUACAUGUAUUUAUUUAUUUAUCUAUCGUGUACGUAUGCAUUAAAUGAAAUGUGUGUGAGAAUUUGUAUACAGAUUGUACUGCAAAAUGAGACGGCAUUUAUGAACAUAUUUAAAAAUCUAAGGUAACGUUUGCUUAAAAAAAGAAAACCCUACCUCAGCACCAAGUCACACACUAAAAAUAUAUAUAAAUAUUUAUUUUCAGAGGUGAAUGUUUUUCUUAAAAAUCACCGAUCCAAAGCCUUACUCUAGCCAUCAGCCCCCAUCUGAUGGACCUUUUUAGUUUGGACCUAUAAAACCGCAGUAUAUCAAAGAUUUAACCGAUCAUCUUGGAGACUGAAUGUUCAUCGGAGCCGAAUGAGAGGACACCUCUCUGAGAUUAAGUUCUUUCUCUCCCCACAUUUAUGACAAGAUUAUGUAUUAAAAAUCCAGAGUAAUAUAUUUAUUUAUAUGCCUGAGAUGGAGGAUUCAGAACACACUAAAAUCAAACCUAGAGGACCUUAGAGGGAUAGUUGCAUUGCGUGCAUGCAACAGAUCCAAACACUGCAGCAUGAGCCAGGUUCAACCGGACCUGACCGUCAGAUCUGUGGCCUGUCUGAGCCCAAGUCUCAGCACAUUUAUACACUUUACCAACUCACCCACUGUUCAGCAUAUGAUCUCCUGCACACCGAAACAGCCUGCGGGAAGUUAUGACCUGUCAGGACAAGGGACAGAAACAUGAAUGUUUGAAGUUAUUUAUACAGAGUAACUGGAGAGCCCAGUAUCUUACAUUUUCUCACCUGAUGCCUCAGAGCUCUGUCACACCAUGCUUGGCGGCACUGAGCCAUGUGGUGCAUUCAGGACUGCAGGACUCAGUCUGACCGGCUGAUCCGUCAGUCGCUCGAUAUCUUGAAUCCACGGCCUCCACUGCAUGGUCUUGCAUUUACAAACUUUAUAGAUUGUAACACAAGACACAUUGAAUGUAGUACAAGCUGUGUUCCGAGCUUGGGAACACACAACCCAACAACAACAACAACAACAAUGAAACAUGCAGAGGUACUGAAUGGGUACUACAACACAGACACAAACCGAAAAAAAGAAACAAACCAGGGGAAGUAUCUUCUUAUUUAUCUGAACUCACAGGUACUUAACCUUUGCCUAUAUACUGUAAAUAGUACGGUGUUACAGAGAAUUACAUCUAAGCAAAAUGCUGAAAAACUUUGAGAGAUGUUAAGUUAAAUAACUUAUGUUGUUUGUACUGUACAUACUAUUUGUCUGAGUGAACUUUUCUGAUACAACAAAAGCACUAAUUAAGUUAUACGCUAACCGGUAUGGUUUGGCUCUGAUUUUUUUUAACCUGUCAUGGGAUGGUCUUGUAAAACGGAUGCCACUAUGAGGACAUUUUCUAAUGCUGUAAUUCUCAAAAAAAGAUUUUAAAGAAAUCAUUAAUACUUGACAUAAUUAAUUCUUGAUACUUAGGUACAACACAAAUGGCAUAUAUGCAAUAUUUACACUUUUGAAAAUUAGUUUACAAAGACGUACCAAAUGUAUAAAUACUGUUAAUAAUGUUUGUUAAAACUGAAAUCAAAUUUUUGCUGUUUGUACAUUUUUUCUCUCUCUCUCUCUUCUAUUUUGAAAUGGAAACUUUUUUCUGCUUGUUUUUUUUUUUUUUUUUUGCUAAUUGAGCCUCUUUGGUGUUUUUAGCAGUGUUUUUUGCAUUUGAAUAAUGUUUCAAGUUUAUAUUCAGCAUCUAAAGGUUAUGAUAUGGGCAAUGGCUUACCCUGCUGUGUCUUUUCAUUGUAAAUACGUCAUAUCAUGCACAUUGUAAUGCUACUAAGAAAUGAUAAUUUAAACUUAGUUCAUUGCUUUAGAUUGUAUUGAUUCUUUAUAGACACAUGCAAUAAAUAAUGAUAUUUAAGAAAGCUA